CGAAAUUUUGUUUGUUGUGUACAGUUUUUUGUUUUGGUACUUGUUUUGAUGCACAUGCGGUGAAAUUUAUUCCUGGGGAAGAGUUCCACUUACGGAUGCCAGUAAAUAUUCCCUUCAGUGACUUAAUAAUUAUCCAUCAGAAAGCAAAAAUAUAUCCAGGCCCGGAACUGUGGGUUCGACGUCCGUCCCGCUCCCACUAAUACCAAUAGCGGAGCGUGGAGCGGACGUCGGACCCCACAGUUCUGGGGGGUAAAAUAUAUCCAGUAAAAGUUCAGUUUCGGAGGGAAAAACCAAGUCGUUUACUUAGAAAAUAUUAAGAAUUUUCAGACCAGUCUCAUAGGGUUUGUGCACAGGGUGUCAAGCGGCGUUGCGUGGAACUCGAAUGGGCAAUCUGCAAUUUUCAAUGACAUUUGACAUAUUUGAGCAUGUUCAGGAAUUUUAAAUUUCAGGACAUCAACAACAGUCAAAGGCCUAAUUGGGCCUAGGGGCCUACUUCAUGCCUCAUCAUCCAUGAAUUGUUUUCAACAUGUUUAAUGUCAGUUUUUCAAGUUUUUACAGUUUCUAUCAGUCCCAAAUUAAUUUGUAAAAUGGGGUGUGCAUGUGCUUAAUGGACUGGUACUAGGCCUAAUCAAGUGUAUGCACUAUGCUGUAGCUACAGGCAUGACAGGGGUAGGCUCACUUUAACGGUAGGCCACCGUCCCCAUUAGCAGUACUAGUUAGUAAGCCUAAGUUGAUGGCACAUUGGACAGGUUGUGAUCAUGGUAACCUAGUGACAUCGGCUUUUGAACCUAAUUUGGAUAUUUCAAUCUGAUGUCAGAUUUUCAUCUAGAAUUCAAGUCUCUUAGAUUUCCAGUCCACCCAAAAAAACAGCAGCCGCAGCACCCGCCCUAAUCUGGAAAAUUUUAAUAUGUGUAGUAUGUGAGGGUUUGGACUGUCAGUAGAUUUGGGCUGACAGUUGUUUGAAAAGUCAGAGCUUUCUGUACUCACCAACCUUAUGAACAAAUUUUAAUGCACAUGGUAACUGCCCCCCCCAGGUGUACAGAACCUGGGAUGGAGAUGGCAGUGUGUGCCUUCAUAAGCAGAAUUGCUGAUUUUCCAGAUGGAAAGCAUGACAUUAUUAGCCGGGCUGAUGUCUCCAAUCAACCAACCAUUCAGCUGGAGUCAUGGCAUCUGUAGCAUCAUUCCCUGCUCAGCCACUGACGCCGAUGUCACUUGAUGGCCCCACUGACCGGAAAAUACUCGACGUGAGCAAUAAUACAUCCGGCAGCUCUACGGCCAGCUCCAUUCUGAUCAGAUCCACCAACCUCCCUCCUCACUCGAAACCCUCCCCAUCGGACAGGUCGUCAGGAAGAAGAGCCUCAUCGUCUAGCUUCUCCAGCACAGGGUCGCAGCGCAUCCGUAUCAAAGCAAAAUACCUCCGGGAGGUGAAAUCUCCAUUUGAAGAUGAGGAAGGGAGUAAUAAGCCAAAUGAAAACUAUGUGCCCCCUGCCCUACCAAGGAACUUGCCUCCGGGCUACGAAAAGAAGAGAGAAACAGCUGAUGCUGUAAUCCAAGGAGACAGAAGGAAAAGUCUGGGGUACCAGAGUGACCAAAAUGCUCCUCCAGAAACUAAUGCUGACCGGAGCAGUAUCUCCAAAAGAGAUGACAGUCAUGAAAAUGCUAAAAGUAACGGAGUAAAAUCAAGCUUGCUAAAAAAGGGUGACAGGGUGAAAUCCAACUCGAAACCAUCAGCAACAUCCUUGCUGAAACAGGGAGCUCCUACCUCAAGCCACCAACUCCACUCUCAGCCAUCGGACCUCAACAAUGAUGUCAGAAUCACUCAAUUUGCUGCUGGAGGGAAGCAAAAAGUUCUCCAGGAGCAACUCUUGAAGAGACAGGAGAGUAGUGGACCAGUCAAGAGGUACGUCCGGCCAACGCUGGUGGGCAGCGAUCACGGUCUAACCCAGCCAGAUAGACAGAACCCACUACGCAAAGGAGCGGAAGACAUCAGCAAUCCAAACACAGUAGCCGCCGUGACUGCUGCAGCUGUAGCCGCGACGGUGCCCAUUGUCAAGGCGCAGACCGACCUUGAAAGCAAGAUGGACGCCAUGAUGGCAAAACUUGCCAACCUGCAUGAAAUGACCGACAGAGCGCAGCAACCACAAGGUGAACGACAGCAGCAGCAACCAGCCAUUGUAGCGACACAGCUUAGCGACAAGGCCAGCGAACUGCAGCGGCAGCUGGACGAUGCAGUCAGCAAGCGACUGCAACAGUUGGAAAAGCUGCAAGACAGGCAAUUAGAAUGGCAGGAGAGAUUUAUGAUGGCCAAUCAGCACCUACCCCAGAGACAGGAGAAACAUCCUUCACCGACCCAAUCUGGUAGCUACUCAGGAAAAUCACCAACCUCAAUAAAUGGUGUCAGAAGUGGGAUUUCAGAGCAGCUUAUUCCACAAAGGGAUGUAAUGCGCACAGCCAACUUGCCUGCAGAAAUGGUUCCAGGACAGCCCGCUGGACCUGAAAAUCAGAAAACUCAGAGUCAGAAAUUCCACUCAGCUUUUUCACAGCACGCGGUUGUUGAGCCUCAAGAAAUGCUCACUUCUAGAGGUGGCAGAAUUCAAAGAGUAGACUCGCACCAGUCCAUCGAGUUCCAAUCUCAGAAACAGAGCCGCUACACACCAGCUGUGACGCUGCAUAGGCACCUGCCCCACAACGAUGCACAACCCAAACCAAGGCCUGAGAUAGUUUCGAGUGACAACAAUGCCGAAAUAGGAUUAGGGAAGCGUGUUGGGACAGCUUCACCAUUGGACACACCAGCCCCUAGACGACAUGCCCCGCAACCUUUGACACAGAAUCCUCCUCCCAAAAUGACACGUGCUGGAAGAGGUUUGCUGGAAGAGAUUCUCACAAGUCAUGAUGAAGAAGAGAGAAGAGUGACCACCAGAGGGCGCCAAAUGCACACACCACAAGCCACAGCUAUAAGGGAAGUAACAAGUCCAGAGAGUGCUGCGGAAUUGAAGGCAGCCAGUCUUGUCCAGCAGCUGAGCAAACUGAAAAAGGAGAUGAAGGAAAUGAAGACUGAUCUUAUCCAGAAUAUUCACUCUGAAGGGAGAGACAGCAAAAUGAAGCAAGACCAUGUCCAUUCCCCUGUCAAGAGGAGACAUUCUGAAUUACGUGAGGAGGCAGAGAAAGAUUGGGAUGAGCUGAUGCAGCGACGGUUACAGCCUGCACCUGUUGAUAUCUAUCUUAGGAAACCCACGUCUGUGCCUGUCUCCGUCCAUCCGGCCCCCCACCCAAAGCAGCCCCUGUCACCCUCCCAGUACAAUGCACCUGUUGCCCCCUCCCUGUGUACAAAUGCUAAGGCUGUGUUGGACAAGGUCCAGUCUAGCCGGGCCUGUCUUGAAGCCAACCUGGAGGCGGUGGUCCGUGCCAAGGAACAAGAGGAAUUCUACAGUUACCUGGAUAGUCUCCAUCUCCAGGGCGAUGCUGCUGAAAAGGCACAGCUGAGGUACAGGGUCGGGAGAAUGAUUGCUGCACUGGACGGGGAGUUUAAGCACGAAAUCAACAAGCAAAGGAGGCCCCACCCGUCAGACCACAUUCCAGAAAAAGAUGCCACAGGAACGGGACCAGGUCAAGGACCUGUAGCCUCCUCAGCCAGACCAGUCAGGGCUGGGGCUAAGAAGAAGCCCGUCUCAGCUAGGAUUGACAGUGGCUUGAGGAAGGGACAUCCACCACCGCCCCCAAGUGGGGGGGAGGCAGGAGCCGGAGGCCGACAUAAUAAGGAGAAUGUGGCACAAGCCAAGAAGCAACCGAUCAGUCGUUCCAAAAAGCAGUCACCAGUGGACCACAACCAAGAUGAAGCCUACCUGACAAGGGUAUACGGCAAGGCCUUGUACCAGGCCAGACGAUCUACAAUGCAGAAAGAACCCUACCUGAAAUUGGCAACGUCCAGCCCAUGGCCAAAACCAGCCAGAGUACCCUCCCCUACAAGGGUGAAAGGGACUGGAAUGAAAUCAGCCAAGAUCCAGACCGAUUCCUCGUCGAGAACCAUCAACAUCCCGAGACCAGCCAACCAAUUCUUCUUUGACCCCUAUCCUAUCACGCCAUCCAGUGUACCAUUUCAGACUGAACCAAGCAGGGUCCACCCGGCCUUCUCAACCUGCCAACCUGCCCCUCUCUCUGCCCCUAGCCAUGGCCAGCUCAUACCCAUGGCUGUACCCCUGGCGCCCCCUCAGGUCGGCGGGCUGGCCCAGCCUGUGACCAUUAAGACAGAUGGUCUGGAGGUGGGCGUGAUAAAGAACUUGGAGAAGAGGGAGGUCAAGAACAAUGUGGCGGUGGUCAACAUACAGUCCAAAGAGAAGAGACCAAAACUUGCCAUACAGCAUCUUCCAGCUGUUGACAUAGACACAGAACUGUCAAGUCAGGCAUCGAUUGCGUCAGAGCCUGACGGGAGCCCCAAGGUAGAAACUCUACAAGACAGACAAGCAGAAAUCCCUCCAGUGGAAGACGAUACCCUCCCAGGCCAGUCCCAGUUCUCUCACUACCUGGCUGUUGCUGAAGACGAUGAGCCACAGGAAGAGUCAGAAGAUGAACUGCCAACUCCAGGCAUCUCUUUGCCAGGCCGUUACACAGAGAUGGAACGGCCCUAUCAUGGCCCACCCUUCCCUCCCCAGGCUCCGCCCCCUGAUCCAUCCAUGGUUGGACCGUCCUCAGAGAAACUGGCCAGUGACAUCAGGAGAGACAUCAUGGAGAAUGCGGCCAUGGAAUGGAUCGAGCAGGAGUUGAUGGCUCAGAUGAUCAGUGAGUUAUACAGUCGACGAGCGGUGGAAGAUCCAAGACCCAUCUCACCUGACACUAGCGUUACUUCAUCGGCAAGUGAUUCAAUUGUUGAGACCAUAGGCCCAGCCGGACUCCAGCUGUUUGUAGACGCUGGUCAAGCUGUGGAUCACACGCUGGUCAGUGCGCUGGUCCGAGAGGUGUUGGAGGAGAAAGUGACCACUGCCUUGGGUCAGCAUGAUAGGGAUGUACCCCGCAGGCAGCUGAUGCCAGCUACUCCUGUCGCACCUGAUACUGAUUCCAGGACCCCAAUUCCCACUCCCGAGGUGACGCCUCAAGUCAGCCCAGUGCACACCCCACCCCUGGUGGCAUCGAGGGUUGCCACACCCCUGGCCAGUCCCAGCGAGGCAUCCCUGGUGGAAUCAGAGACAGAGAGCCUAAAGGAGGUGGUGUUGACUCAGAACACCCCUGCUGGAGAUGAGCCCAUACCUGCUCCCUCUACCUAUGUGACCACACCAAUCCACACCCCACCCCCGUCCCCACCCCCAGACAUCCCAACCCCAGAAGGAUCCCCCAGAGAGUCACCGAAGUUGAUUUCGGUGGUUGACGGCUCCGUCAUCACUCCGGUGAGGACGCCAGAACCCGCCAGUCCGGAACCGGAAGUUGAGGAGUCCGUGGCUCUACCCCCUUCACCAGAACCUGAAAUUGUUCAAGAGGAGCCCCCACCACCAACCCCAUCCCCUUCCCUCCCAACUCCUUCCACUCCCACCCCUACACCAAGCUCAGAUACCACCACCCAGCCCACUCCCAGCACAGAAACGGCGGGACAGACCAUUUCGGAAGGGGAGUGGCUCAUCAGCGUGAAGAGUGAGGGGCAGAUUGAGGAAUCCACUGAAGACGAGCCUGGUGUUGUGGCCGUGCGUCAAGUGUCCAUCUCCAGCAGCAUCGACAGCACGCUCAUGGGAACAGAGGACCUUGAAAAAGACAUGCAGGAGUAUGAACUCAGCGAAGGUGAAAUCUCCCCCACCAAGCCCACCCCUAAACUCCACAGCCAGGACCCUGUGGUUGCCCUCCUAGCCCACAUGAGGCGGCGGCCCGACCCCUCGGCUGCCCCAGCUGGUAUCCUGCCCUACCACACCCCAUCCCAGACCCUCAACAACGACACCAGGAGUCUGGGCGAAGUCAGCGUGGGCCAGCGCCCCGCCCUGACCCCAUCUUCGGAGAGGCAACUGUUUGAGGAGGCCUACGGUGCCAAGCCGCCCCAGGUGACCCCGCCGUCAGAGGUCACCGGCAGGAGGUCACCUGGCGAGGUGGGUAGCAAGGACCAGCUGGGGACAGUCAGGCCAGCUGUUGAGGAUUCCACACUGAGGAUAUCGCAGUUGGACGGAACGAAGCACAAGGAGCCGCUCCAGGGAAGGAAAUUAACUCCUGCAGAGCAGAAGAAAACGGAGACUGCACCAAGUCCAGCUCCAAGAAUCAUUCAGGUCGUUGGCAAAUCUUCAAGCCCAGAACCAGCACAGAGAGAUAAGACAAAAGAUUUAGGAGGCGUAGGACCAAGACACGACUCAGACGAGCUUAGUGAAGGAGACAUCGAUGAUGACCAUGAUGGUGAUUUUACUCAGGCUAAAGAUGGAGAGAAGAUUACAUCACGAGCACCAAUACCACCAAAUUUGUUUGGAACUCAGACCAUGAGUGACCUAGGAACACGAACCCUGACCCCCGAUGCCCUCAACCUGGAGGCCCUCCUCCAAUCAGGGUACCUCAGCCAGACUUUUAGCCAAUCAGAAGGAGGUACCAGUGAUUUUGAAUCCUUUAAGCCCCCGGGUCUGGCCAGCACUCACGCCACAGUUUCGUCCUCCGGGACCCCACUGCAAGCCGCUGGCCAUCAGCCGCUGACGGAAGACUUCCUGGAUGUUCUCGAUGAGGAGAAGGAUGCGGACAAAGCUGCAGGGGCGAUGUCAUUCUCAGUCACCCUACCAUCAGCUGCUGAGUCUCAGGGCUUGGAUUUUAGCCAGACCAUAAGUGAAGGGGAGAUCCCGCCUGCUGAUACCGGUACCACCAGUGACGUCUCGGAACUGUCUGGUGGAACGUUACCAUGAGGACACUUGACUUCCGUUUCUGAUUUCUGCGCAGCCUGGGGAAUGUGUUGGCAACCCUCACCAGAAACAUGUUUCUGCCUGGGCAUUGGUGGGGCAGUUUUGGUUUCCUCUGCGUGACGUCAUUGUCCUGGCCAAACAAGAACCAAAAGUUGGAGUUGGUUCAGCACCGGUUCAAUAUGGGGGAGAAUAAGCAGACAAGUUUGGUUGUCUCUCACAUAAGUGAAUUUGUACAUUCCAAAAUUUUUGGUUGCAUGCAGUGAAUCAAAACAGCUACUUUCUUCUAGAAUGUGAAAAGAGAGAGCAGCACUGGUAAGAAACAUGCCAAAUAUUGUCCAAAUAUUGAGUGAAAAUGAAGUUCAUCAACAAGGUCUUUGCUUCCUUGUACUUUGUCUCUGUUGGAUGACAUAACCAUUUCCAGUUCUUUGUUUUUGUGUGCCACGUUAAACAUGUUAUUGCUUUGUUGUCUCAAGCACGUUUCUGGUUUAGGCGUCGUUAAAACACGCCCCUGUGUCCAACAGCCAAGUUCAACAGUUGCAGCCCACUGUUGGGUCAAGUGCAUGAUGGACCAAGACAGACAUGCUUGGGUCAGAUAGUGUCACCCAGAUUCAACAAGAAUUUGUUUGUUGGGCAAGAUGCAAGCUCAACCUAUGUUGGAAAACUACAAGUCAGCUUUCAGUGCUAUCGUGGAGUUGGUCAGUGAGAACUCAGAAGUAUGACAAAAAUUGGUUCUAAGAUCAGUAGAGAAGCUCUGCUAAUAUAACCUCCAGGUUAUUUUCCCGUUGCCAUAGCAACAUUUGGAAAUUCAGUUUGGCCGUGCUUUGUGUCAUUCUAUUGAAAUAAGUAUCCUUUUCAGUUGUGAUGAUUUGUGCAUUUCGCAACCCUCCUUACAUGCAAGGUCUCAUUCUUUGAAAGUAACAUUUUUGAUAUUGAUGACCAGUUUAUAUCACAAGAAGGCCAGAUAUGUGCACAUUGCUGAUUGACAGUGUUGCCCUAAAUUUGUUGUGGCUUGUCUUUAAUGUUUCAAAAUCAGUGCUUGUCAAAGUGACAACUUGCAGUUACAAUCCAUUCUUUGUCAAAGAUUGUUGGUUUCCAAACUGUGAUUGCUGCAACUUAACUCUACAAAUAGAGCAUUCGUACCUGAGCAUUCAGAUUUGCUUGAAAACUAGCGUUCAUGCUUUUUCUUGUACCUGUUUAUGGCUGUGUGCGUAAACCUAUGCCCAAACUGCCAUUUUAUUGUCUUCACUUGAAGGAAACCAGUAGACCGUAUCCAGACUUUGGUCACAGUGUGUGGCUAGCAAAAAACACAGUUGCAUAAUGGUGACUAGAUAACAGAAGUUUUAUUUUACAGUGUCAGGCACUGGCCUUCAUUUGCAAGCUUACAAGAAUCCACACUGCUGUGUACAUUAUAAAAGUGGAUAUCUGAAUCUCCAGAUCUAGGACAUUUCAAUCUAAGGCUUCACGUAAAUGUCUUCUAUUUGAGAAUUCAAAAAAUAUGUCUUCAGAAGAUGAUUUCUUUUUUUCUGAUAAUUCUAACGUCAUUCUUCCAUGAUUUAACUGUUCAAUACUUGUUAUCGCAGUACUUACUUAAACUGAAAGUGCCUUGAAUAAAAUGUUAAAUAAUGUAAUUUAUUGUAACUGGCGUCGAGACAAUUUCCAUUUUCCAAGGUGUUACAAGAAGCUGCACAGAUGCCAGUGUUGAAUAUGCACCAAGUGAACCACAAAGUGCAGUGUGUCAUAUGCAUUAUUUACAUGCCGUUGUUUGCGACCCACAUAUGAUGUUACCAUAAUGUGAAUAAAAACCUUUGGUAUGUAAAUAAACGUAGAACUCUUCAUUACAGAAAAAGUGCAGUGAUCUUUGGUUUCCCUGAUAUCCACGUUAAAACUAAUUUAACCUAAUUCGAGGUUAUAAACCUAAUUCGAGACCCCACCACAUAAGUGGAGCUAUGUCAGCAGGCACUCCAAAUCUUUUAGCAUAAGUGAGGCAAUUGAAACCAAUCCAAUCGUUCUGAAUUUUUUUUAUGAGAUCACACUAAGAUGUACAACUGCCCAAGUGAAGGAUACGGCUUUGCAUUCUUUAAUCGUAGCAUACAUGUACAUGAUUGAUGUAUAAAUGUAACAGAUCCCUCUUGAAACAAGUCACUUGUGACCAGAUGGCUGUUUCUGGUCGUUCAUUGGUUAGCCCAUCACUACAACAGACGAUCUGUCCUGUGGCAUUUUUCAUGGCAGAUGGCCUCAAGAGCUGGCCUCAAUGAGUCUUACUGCGAACAUCACGCCACACCAAAAAUUCUGACAUCAGCAAUAUUUUCCAGUAUUAACAAUAAACACGGUCCUUAUUCUAAAAGUUAAAACCAUAAAUUCCACUUUGAUGGUAAGUUUUCUUGGGUGGGGCUGAAAAAUUCUAGGGGACCUUGAUAAUUUCAAUUUAAAAAAAUUACUUUUUAUCCGUUGUAACUCAAAUGUUAUUUUUAAGGAUGUUGUUAUUUACAACACCCCUUCCUCAACUAGUAAGUUACUAGUUCCUUAAAUUCAGAUCUUUCAUAUACAUGAACAGUAAAGAUAUCUGUAUGAUUUCAAACUCAGUCUUUCUUAUCACAAAGCUACUUUGUCCGACGCACCAAUGCAAGCAAAACUCUCUUCACCACACGUCAGUUGAAAUAUCAACUUCACACAGAAUAAAAUGAUUUUCAGAUUAUUUUAUUAUCAAACGUCCAAAAUACCACCAUUUUUUUCUUGCUACCAACACCACUGUUAAUUUAAUACGGAUCUUUUUUGUUCGAACCAAUACACUACAUUGUUUUGAA